CAUAUGAUGCUGUCCUUGACAGAAACGUGGCCAUUAAGAAGCUCAGCAGACCAUUUCAGAAUCAAACUCAUGCCAAGAGAGCUUACAGGGAGCUGGUCCUCAUGAAGUGCGUGAAUCAUAAAAAUAUUAUCAGUUUACUAAAUGUCUUCACACCACAGAAAUCUCUGGAGGAGUUCCAGGAUGUCUACCUUGUAAUGGAGUUAAUGGAUGCCAAUCUGUGCCAGGUCAUUCAGAUGGAGCUAGACCAUGAGCGAAUGUCUUACCUACUGUACCAAAUGCUGUGUGGUAUCAAGCACCUUCACUCUGCAGGAAUUAUUCACAGGGACUUAAAACCAAGUAAUAUUGUAGUAAAAUCUGACUGCACAUUGAAGAUUUUGGAUUUUGGACUGGCCAGGACUGCAGGCACUAGCUUCAUGAUGACUCCAUAUGUGGUGACGCGCUACUACAGAGCACCAGAGGUCAUCUUGGGAAUGGGCUACAAGGAGAACGUGGAUAUAUGGUCUGUGGGAUGCAUUAUGGGAGAAAUGGUUCGCCACAAAAUCCUCUUUCCAGGAAGGGACUAUAUUGAUCAGUGGAAUAAAGUUAUUGAGCAGCUGGGAACACCCUGUCCAGAAUUCAUGAAGAAGCUGCAGCCAACAGUACGAAACUACGUUGAGAACAGACCCAAGUACGCUGGCCUCACUUUUCCAAAACUUUUUCCUGACUCUCUCUUCCCAGCUGACUCAGAACACAACAAACUCAAAGCCAGCCAAGCCAGAGAUCUUUUAUCAAAGAUGCUAGUCAUUGAUCCAGCCAAGCGAAUAUCAGUAGAUGAAGCCUUACAGCAUCCAUACAUUAAUGUCUGGUAUGACCCAGCAGAAGUGGAGGCGCCUCCUCCUCAGAUAUAUGAUAAACAACUGGAUGAAAGGGAACACACAAUCGAGGAAUGGAAAGAACUCAUCUACAAAGAAGUAAUGAAUUCUGAAGAAAAGACUAAAAAUGGUGUAGUUAAAGGACAGCCUUCUCCUUCAGGUGCAGCAGUGAACAGCAGUGAAAGCCUCCCUCCAUCCUCAUCUGUCAACGAUAUCUCAUCCAUGUCCACGGAUCAAACACUGGCGUCUGACACAGACAGCAGCCUGGAAGCUUCUGCGGGACCCCUUGGUUGUUGCAGGUGA